ACCCACCUUCCUGGCCACCCACCUUCCUGGCCACCCACCUUCCUGGCCACCCACCUUCCUGGCCACCCACCUUCCUGGCCACCCACCUUCCUGGCCACCCACCUUCCUGGCCACCCACCUUCCUGGCCACCCAUUCUGCCAACUACAACAACCUUCGGUAUAACAGAUUAUCGUCGGUAUUGGCUAUUAUUAUAA